CUUCCAAACAAUUUGCUGAAGAAGUCUUGAAAGCACACAAUGACUACCGGAAGAAACACGGAGUGCCCCCAUUAAAGCUCUGCAAGAAGUUAAACAGAGGAGCCCAACAGUAUGCAGAAGAACUGGCUACCACGAGGGUCCUCAAACACAGCUCUGAGUCUGCUAAUGGGAAAUGUGGAGAAAACCUAGCGUGGGCAUCCUAUGACCAGCCAGGAAAGGAUGUGGCUGAUAGAUGGUACAGUGAAAUAAAAAAUUACAGCUUUCAAAACCCAGGAUUUUCUUCUGGAACAGGUCACUUUACAGCAAUGGUUUGGAAGAGCACAAAAAAGAUGGGAGUUGGAAAAGCAUCUGCUAGUGAUGGCUCAACAUUUGUGGUGGCUAGAUAUGAUCCAGCUGGAAAUGUAGUAAAUCCGGGCUAUUAUGAAGAAAAUGUCCUUCCUCCAAGAAAAUAA